AUGAAGACAGUCGCGCUCAGCGUAACUGCAGCCCUCGCGCUGUGCUGCGUCGGCGUGUUCGAAGCCGGCUGCGCCGAGGAGACCUACACAUUCCCAGACGAUUACGCAGGGCGGUCGUCUGGCUCCGGCAGCAUCGAAACCAUCCACUUCGCGUCGUACACCCCCUCGCAACACCAAAUAGAAUUCGCGAAGAGGAGCAUCGCAGACGAUGAGAGUCGGGAGACAAUGAAGAAGCUGGUGGAGAUCCUGCGCCAGUCCACCGCGGGCCAGAGUCAGGCGGACACCAUCGAGGACUAUUCCAACGAGUUCGAGAACGAGCCCGUGGCGGAUGCGGCUUACGAGACGUCGGAUCGCGGCAGUGCCGUUUCGACCGAGCUUGGCGCUACCGCGGGUUCCGCAGGGCGAUACCAUGCCGCUCAGCCUGCACACGAUGUGAACGGCAACCCGCACACGGCCUUCAACCAGAUAUCUUCAGGAGUGCAGGUAUCCGUCAACCACGGCCUCAUCAACUCCCACCUGCACGAGAUCCCUGAACCUCACUUCGAAGAGAUCCAUGCGCAUGACUCCCACGGCAGCCACGCCCAGGAGGAGCCGUCAGCCCACAGGCAGCCAAUCUCUGGUCGCGGACGCCACUUGGGCCACGUUGCUACGCACGAGAACGCCUUGCACGCACACCCUUCGUUCGUCGCUUACACUCCAAGUGCCCAUCACGACAACGCCGCCCAUGGCAAUGCUCACCAGGAUCAGCACUACCCGUACCACCAGCCGAGCCACGGUGGAGAAUUUAUAGCAGGACACGCCACACACAAUCACGCGGAAAUCGGUCCUCACCACGCGGAGCACGCGCCGGAUCAGGAAGCCGUUCAGCUGGUUAAUCGCAUGUGCCAAGCGCUUGUACGCAACCCCGAGUACAUGGCGUUCUGCAGAAACCCAGUGGUCCAGGACAUCAUCCGGGAGAACCCGCAGAUAUUGGAUGAGCAGUACAGCAUCGACAUUCUGGGGCAGCACCUGCAGCCGACGAACAACGACAUGGUCACGGACUUCAGGGACGGACACUCAGUGUCCCAGAGCAUGCGAUACUUCAUCUCGAAAAUCUGUGUUGGCCCGCUGCCAGCGGCCUGUAACAACGUCGCGCUACACGCGUGA